ACACUAAACUAGUGUCCGUGUAUCAGUUGGUUUCUCGAUAAAUAAAAGUGUGUUAUGAUUUAGUGCUGGACUUAAACAAAUUAAAUAAUAAAUUAGUGCGAAAUUAUAUUUUGAGAAAACCCAGGAAACAUGAACGGAUACAGUGAUAAUUUAUCCACUAGUAUGGAAAAUAGCAGAAAUUGUCUGCGGCGCAUAGCUCGUCACGAUGAUCAGGAGUUUUCAAACCAGAGCAUCUUGAACGCUAUGGAGAAAUUUGUAAAAACCGUCAACCGCAUGGACGAGACCAUUCUGAUCCCAUGUCGUCUGAUGGAUUUGAAAGCUGCUCCUGCAGCAGAUGAAAAGCCAAACGGCAAAUCUAAGAAAGGUUCAGCCGAUAUGUUGACAUCCACUGACCUGUACGAUUUGUACAACAUGUUAAAUAAUGUCAAAGUUGAUCUUCUCUGGGGUGGCAAAGCUCCCGCGGAAGAAAGCUCGGCGGAAGAAACUACUACUCAAGUACCUGCCGCGAAUAAUAAUUCGGCUCCAGCAACAUCUCCCGAUAAUAAUACCUUAAAAGUUACUAAUAGUAAGCCGGGGCUCGCACGCAGGCCCUCGACCGCCAGCAUGGCGUCCACAAACUCUGCUGUUUCCCUUAGCGAUUGCGAUUCGGAUGCCGGCAAUGAAAACGACUCUGGUAUUGAAAGCGAGGAAGGUGCCGAAAAGAAAGAUAAAUCCCGUUUGGUGUCUGAGAAUUUCCGAAGACAUUUAUUCGGCCUAUAUAGGACGCUAGAACAAAUGACCGAAGCCGCCAAUUACGUUACGGAUCGCUACCAAACGGACGUUGGAAGUGUUUGAUCAAAGGCCUCAACUUGUUUCUAGUUUUUAACUUAAUAUUAUUUUGUUAUGAAUAGCGUUUUAUUUAUUAUUAGAUAUUUGUGAAUUACGUUCGGUUGACACCAUUCAAAGAUUAAAAGUAUACCUGGUAUUUGACUAAUUUCGAAAGUUAUUUUUGUUCAAACGGCCGGUGCCGUUGUUUUUCCAGGUCUAAUAAGUGUCAUGUGAAACCAAAAUCAAAAUGUAAAAGUGCUCUUUUGUACAAAACUGUGUUCUGAGUUUUUUCAUUCAUCUUCAUGUGUUCAGAAUAAAUAUUUUAUUAAAUCAUGGUGUCCGUUGUUUAUGUUGGGUA